UUUGAAAAAACGUAUACUCAGAAUUAAACUCCUGUUGAAACCAUGGGGGGAAAAAAAUUUAAGGGUAAACCUUUUUCAUUGAAGAAUGAAGACAGUAGGUUCGAACAUGCCAAUCAGUAUGAUAAGAGAGGCAGUGGAAACGCGAACUACGGAAAUGCUAAGUACCAAGGAGGAGGAUCAUGGAUUGAUAGUGACAAGAGAUAUGACAGGCGACAAACAUCAUAUGGAGGCCGAGGUCAACAGCAUCGAGGCAAUAAUCGUCAUUAUGGAGCCUCUAGUGCCACGCAGUACAAUGGAGACAGAAGUGUCAGGGAUCGUGAAAAUGGUGGUACAAGUGAAGUUUAUCAGAGCAGAGAAAUGAAUGGACAAGUGGGCAAUAUGGGAAGGCAGACCAUUUUGUCUGAAGGGCUGAACCCAAGGGACAGCGAAUUGAAAACACUGGUGUGCACAAGUUGCCAAAACCCUUAUAAUCUGAAGGAACUUAUCCCAAAGAGUUUGCCAUGUGGCCACAGUGUUUGCUCCAUCUGCCUAAUGGGACUUCUUGAAGGAACUCCUCGUUGUAAAACAUGUGGAGCAAAGUUUGAAGAUAAGCGAGAAUUUGACAAUUAUCCAACAGAUUAUCAACUACAAGGUAUUAUUGAGGCAAUGCAUAUGGAAGAGAGUGCAGAUGUUAGGAGAGAGGAAAACAGAUUAAGUAGACAAUCAUCAGAACAUUCCAAACAGGUAGUGACAGUUGGUUCAGACGAACCAGGGAAAAAUGCAAGAAAAAGGGAUAGGCCACUUUCUCAAGAAAGGUCACCUCAUGGCAGCAGGUGUCUGGAAAUUGGGAUAAAACCAUCCCAUUACUGUGCUCUCUGUUUAAAAUGGGUGUGUGAAAGGUGUGGUCAAAUUGAACACAGUCAGAAUAAAUGUUACCUCAUUCCAAAGGCAGAAGCACUUGGUCAAAUGAACAAAGCUCAGAAAGAUGGGGCAAAAAGUGCACAGGAGGCACUUGAGAGCACACUGACUGAAUUAACAAAGUAUGAAGAAUCUUUGGAUUCCUUCUCCUUAGUGAUGCAAGCGGCCUUUGAGUCUAUACUUACAGAAAAGGAACGUGUCAAGUCGAUGAAAGAGGUUGGAUUAAAGAAAAUAAAAGGCUUGAAUGCAGUAGUAGAAGACCUACCAAAUGUAAAAAACUUGCCAGAGGCCUUAGCAGCUAUAAACCUUGUUGAGAGUAAAUGUAUGGAGACUCAGGUCUGGCAAGAAGAUAAUUUAAUGGGAACACUGGAUCAAAGAAAAGUGGUAAACAUCACCAAGGAAAUUUUACUCUGCACUGUCUUCAUGAAACUCAUGGCAGAAAACGAAGCCAGGCCAUGUGGACAUCUUUUGGCUCAACACCACGUUAAUGGCGAACGCGUAUACUCUCACUUGGAAGCCAAUGGAGGCCGCGUACUAGUUUAUGCCCUCAGGAAAAUCAAAACAGUUCCUGUAGGAUCUCGAGCUGUGUCUCUAAAUUCCAUCCUGACCUGUCUGGAUAGGGCCUCAUCGCUAACAUUCUUGGACAUAGACUUGAAUGGUGUGCGUAAGGAACGAGUGUUCAUCAGACUAACCGGUGACACGGUGAGAGGACGCCAGUUCUUGGCUUUGUGUACUGGGAUGUUGGGACCAUCAUUUCGUAAAACACCAUUCCAUCGCAUGUGGUGGAAAGGACGCCCUGGAGAGCACUUGUGGGGAGGAGAUUACGAUCAUCGAGAUGGGAGUGGAGGAACCUCCCUCUUGGAACAUAUGAAAGAGGAGAUAGAUGCAAAACCUCUUGGUCGAAAGGUGCCAGUCACGGCUGGACUUGUCGCGGGGCGCUAUGAACAGGGCAAUGUGAGUUCUGUGUUUCGUAUCUAUACGAAGGGCCAGAAGACUGAAAGCAGGCGAGGUGCUUACGGAGGAUACGCAGAUCCCCCUGAAGAGACCGCUGAAGACGAAGCUGCCUUUGGGCAAGUGGAACAUGGCCUCGGUGUACUUCAGGAGGCUAUAGAACAUGGUAACAUUCAGGAUGUCACAAUUAUCGAUUGUGGGAUUGUCAUUGAAACUGGAAUGUUCCAAUAACUUUAGUACUUAGGCUAAUAGCCUAAACAUGGUUAUAUAUAAACUGUUAAGUAGAACUAUACAGUGUUCCUUAUAUAUUCAAAUUUAUUAGGUUUUGUCAUUCCACGAGUUUUUAAAUAGUUAUACACCAUCUUUGGACUAGACCCAUUUUUUU